AUGGCUCCAGGUGCCGGUGGCAAGAGAAAGAAGGUUGAGAGGUCGUGGUCCACCGAUUCAACAAACGACGGCCAGCGCCCUUCUCCUCAUCGACCGGGCAAUCUCAACAUGGCGCAACACAACCAUGGCUCGCAGUCUCCCCAGUCUCGCGGUGAACAAUCCGAUGCGCGCGGGAGGUUAAGAAGGCAGCCGAGUCGCGGCGGAAGGAAUAACACGGGACAGCGGCCGAGCAACGACAAUCAAACUUCUACAGGCGGUCGGAGAGACUCAGCAAUGUCUCCCCCAGAACUCGUCGGGAGAGAUACAUCGGAUCAAGGCAGGACAAAUGGCACAACGCCGUCUGGAGCUCAGCCACAGGCUUCGCAGCCUUCUCUACUGCCCACAGCUUCGACACAGCCGUCGCAACAGCCGCCUCAGCCUACUCCGACUCCGCAUUCGCAAAUGUCACCAGUUCCUCCUGCUCAGACACCAUCAAAACCGCGUGCGCCGUAUCAAUAUGACUACAUUACGAAUGAGGUAGUACAACAAUGGAAGUCCACAGGGAGGCAGGCGAUAAUCGAGAGCGGAACACAGGCAAGGAAAGCAGCCGAUCUCGUGGUGUUAACUUCGCUAUAUCAGGAACUCAUAUAUUGUGCCCUUGAUGGUCGACUUCCUCCUCAGGAGAUUGGCGCUACGAUCAAGGAUAUAAUUGGAGAAGAUGUUGCGGUUGAGGAUGUUGAUAUGGAUACCCAGGACCGACCCUCAAGCGUUCUUGAUGAUGCUCGUACGCUCUUUCUCGAUACAUUAUCAAUUGUUACGGAACCUCUAGGUAUAGAUCCGAAAAAGCCGCAUGAUGUCCUGAAGUCUCUUGUCUUCUCGACCGGUAUCAGUCCUGCUCUUAUGCGCCAUCAACUCGAGACUCCUCUACUCCAAUUGCUUGGUCUCGUUCGCGACACAUACGCGCGUAUGAACAUUCGGAAACAGACGAAUCUUCUCUAUCGUCAAUCGAACUAUAACCUGCUUCGCGAGGAAUCCGAGGGCUACUCCAAGCUGUUAACUGAACUCUUUACGACAAGCAAUAACGAACCACCGUCUAGCGAAGUCGUUGAAGAUACUUUCGAACGGGUAAAAGCGAUGAUCGGUGCCUUCGAUAUGGAUGUGGGUCGUGUUCUUGAUGUAACUCUGGACGUUUUCGCUGCCGUGUUAGUCAAGCAGUACCGCUUCUUCGUGAAGCUCUUACGAGCGAGCUCCUGGUGGCCGAAAGAGGAUACUUCUCAGGGUGGGAGAUCAGUUGAAGCUGGGCUACCCAAUUGGGCGUUACCUGGAUCUUCAGGGUGGGUGACAACCGAUGAGGAACGAGCCGCCGCGGCCCAAGCGAAUUCUCAAAGAGACCGGGAAUUUUGGGACCGAGUUCGAGAAGUUGGAAUCCGCGCAUUCUUCGAAAUUGGUCGCAAACCAGUCUCGGAAGCUGAGCUCAAGCAGUUACUCCCCGAAACAAAUCUUACCCCAGAAGAAGCAGAUACCCGCAAAUGGAUUGAGGAAACAGGAACACUACCACCAAAAGGAAGCCGAGUCGCCGCACAGCUGCUCGGUUUUAAGCUUCGAUUCUACUCUUCCCCAGCUCGCGCAAGUUCGGAUGUGCUACCGGAUAAUCUCAUAUAUCUGGCGGCGCUGCUGAUCAAAGUUGGCUUCAUUUCGCUUCGUGACCUAUAUCCUCAUCUCUGGCGACCUGACGAUACCAUGGAUACACUGAAGCAGGAAAAGAUGAAAGAAAAGGCGGAAAGAGACAGAGCCGCCCGACCUGGUGGUGGUGUCAAUGCUCUCAUGAUGGCCGGUGCUCUUUCAGAUGAUACGCUGCCUUUCCCCCGCAUUCGAGAAUCGGAAGCUCGAUCAUCAACACCUGGAAAGGAUGUGGAGGCCGACAAGGCCGCGGCAGCCAAGGCUGAGGAGAAUGAGCUGCCUGAGCCAUCAGAUCAGAAGGUCCUUCUCCUGAAGAGUCUACUUGCGAUAGGCGCUAUUCCCGAAUCACUAUUUAUUCUCAGCAAAUUCCCUUGGCUCAUGGAUGCUUAUCCCGAACUUCCCGAAUUUAUCCAUCGUAUCCUCCACCAAUGUCUGAGCAAGGUGUACGCUUCCGUGCGCCCACUACCCCCGAUUGAGGAGCUUCGGGAACAGAAGAAAAUACCAAGUUCCGAUCAGGCUGGCGUACCAAAAGGCCAUAUCAGAUUGACCUCGGGCCCGCCAAGGCGAGUCUUGCGGUGGGCUCAGCUCGAUAAGGAAGACACCAAUGAUGGGACGGAUUACAGGUUCUACUGGGACGAUUGGGCGGACAGCAUCCCUCUGUGCCAAUCCGUUGACGACGUAUUCGCGCUCUGCAAAUCUUUCCUGAAUCUCUCGGGUCACAAGAUUGGGCAAGAUCCCAGUCUCUUGACGAAACUUGCGAGAAUCGGCAAGGAUAGCCUUCUCAAAGAUGAUUCCUCCGAAAAUAGGGCGCGUUGGCAAGACCUCUGCAAACGACUCUUAGUUCCCGCAAUCAGUCUUACCAAAGCGAACCCUGGUGUGGUGAACGAAGUCUUCGAUCUCAUCAGCUUUUUCUCGAGAGAUGUUCGAUACAACAUGUACGCGGAGUGGUAUUCUGGACAAACAUCCCGGAUCCCCGAUAUCAGUUCCGCUUUCGACCAAGCGCGAGCGGAAACGAAAGACGUUCUCAAAAGACUGAGCAAGACCAACAUACGCCCAAUGGCUCGUGCGUUGGCGAAAAUCGCAUACGCCAAUCCCGGAAUUGUGAUCAACGUUGCUAUUAGCCAAAUCGAGUCCUACGAGAACCUUAUCGAAGUCGUCGUCGAAUGUGCCCGCUACUUCACUUACCUUGGUUAUGAUAUCACGACGUGGGCUCUUAUCAAUUCUCUCGGGCAGAAAGGAAGAAGCCGAGUUCAGGAAGGUGGUCUACUCACUAGCCGUUGGCUCAAUGCAUUGGCUACCUUUGCGGGUCGGACUUUCAAGCGCUACUCAGUCAUGGAUCCUUCCCCCGUCUUGCAGUAUGUUGCUGAGCAGCUGCGACAAAAUAAUUCCACUGAUCUUGUCAUCCUCGAACAGAUGAUCAGUUCAAUGGCCGGAAUCAUCACUGAUACGAACUUCAACGACUCCCAGAUUCAAGCAAUGGCCGGUGGCGAGGUUCUACAAUCACAGACUAUUCUCCAACUGUUGGAUAAACGACACGAGUCUAAAACGACAUCCAAACGUCUUAUGAAAUCGCUUACUGUCUCAAAGCUUGCUGGUCAAUUGCUUAUUGCUAUUGCUCAAGAGCGUGUUACCUGCAUAUUCAAAGAAGCAGAGACCUCUUCGGAGCUGAAGUUGCUCGGAAACAUAUUCGAUGAGAUCCACCGUGUGCUCGCUCAAUAUCUGGAUCUCCUCCGUAGCAACCUAUCUGUCGAGGACUUCGACUCGUUUGUCCCUGAUCUUGCCUCCCUCAUCAAGGACUUCGGCAUCCAGCCCGAAAUCGCUUUCUGGAUACGCCGCCCAAGUGUUGCUCGCAAAAUUAGUGAUCUAGACAAAGAAUCGCCCGACACAGCUGGUGCAAUCAAGGCCAAAGAGGCUGAAGACGUGCCGGCAUUGAAAGCAGAGGUCGAAAGGAUUGAGGAGGCAGACGCUGGCGAGGCUGCACAAACAGAGACAUCAGGAGACGGCCAGAUGGACGUGGACAACGAGAAGCCCAGUAACGAGAGCGAGAGUUCUCAGGACCAGAAGGCCUCAACUGGUCUAGACUCCGCUGAACAUCCUGCUUCGAACCCUGUCAUGCAAGACCUUGAAGAUCAAGUCAAGGCCGCCCUGCCCGCAGAGACUUGGGGCAUUGUCGGUCUACCUUUCUACGUGACCUUCUGGCAGCUUUCAGUUUACGACCUGCACAUCCCUCAAAAGUCCUAUGAAGAAGAAAUUGAGCGGCUGAAGAAAAGAGUUAUUGCAAUUGGCAAUGAUCGGUCUGACAUCAGUGUUGCUGGAACUCAAAGGAAGGAAAGGGAGAAGAAACAAAUCACACAACUGCAGGACCGCGUGCUGGAGGAGAAUAAGACUCAUCUGGUAACAUAUGGUCAAACAAGAUCCAAACUGCAAAAGGAAAAGGACCGCUGGUUUGUUGGCAUGCGAGGAAAGCACGAUUCGCUACACAUUGCUCUGCUAGAACAGUGUUUCCUGCCUCGUCUCCUCUUGUCACCCGUCGAUGCGUUCUACUCUUUCAAGAUGCUAAAAUUCCUCCAUACGGCUGGUGCUCCUAACUUCCGUACCGUCGGCCUGUUGGAUCAGCUGUUCCGGGAGCAGAGACUCACUGCCUUGAUCUUCUUGUCUACCUCGAGGGAAGCUGACAAUCUCGGACGCUUUUUAAAUGAGGUUCUUCGCGAUCUCGCUCGUUGGCAUGCUGACAAGAAUGUUUACGAGAAGGAGGCAUUUGGGGCCAAGAAGGAUCUCCCUGGCUUUGCUAUGAGUGUUGACCCAGACGGCAAGCCCACGAACUUCCUUGAUUAUGAGGAUUUCCGCCGUCUCCUCUACAAAUGGCACCGUCUUAUCUCCUCGGCCCUGAAAAUCUGCUUGAACGGGGGAGAGUACAUGCACAUCCGCAACGCCAUCAGUGUGCUCAAGGCCAUUGUGCAGCACUUCCCAGCCGUUAACUGGAUCGGUCGCGACAUGCUUACCAGCGUGAACAAUCUUAGCCAAAACGAUGAGCGAGACGAUGUCAAGAUUCCUGCUGCCUCCUUGAUCGGUGACCUUAACCGCCGCGAGAAGAAGUGGAUGCUACCACAGGCCUUUAUGAUAACCAACCAACCGGCCCCUGGCAAGGGUGGACAGCCAGACAAGACAACUGGUAAAAUGACUGCUUCGCGACCUCAGUCGACUACUCCAACUCCCUUCAAUGCUUCUGCGCCAGAGUUCAAACCCUCCAAUUCCACUGACUUGAGUGUUGUAACGAAGCCCGAAGCCUUGACCAAACAGGAAGUGGAAGACGGAGAGAUUGAGGACGCAAAGAUGGCCGAUGCACCCAAAGAUAUGUCUGACAACCAACAACCGGUCCAAAAAGCAGCCGAAGCCGAAUCCCAACAGCUCGGAACAGCUAACCAAGCGCCUGCUCCUGAGAGCCGCCCAACGAGUGCUCAGGAUGAGAAGCCUAGGAACUCGCCUACUAUCCCGGCCCGUAAGGCUCAGGCUGAAGGUGGUGCUCGACCUUCUCCCGCAUCUAUCACACGCCAAGAAACUCCAAAGGCUCCCGAGCCUCGAAGGCAAUCAAAUCUCAACAAGCCCCUAGAAGCUGAACGAACUCCUGUUGGGGGCCAGAUGUCGCGUUCGCAACCACACACACCAUCCCAUCCUUACCGAGAAGAGCGGAGGCUGCCACCGCGGCCCGAUCUCCUAGAUGACCGACGAGAACGUCAUCCAGAUUAUCCUCGGGGCGGUCGUUUGCCAGCAGAUCAUGAAUAUGGUAGGUCGUUUGACCGUCCUAUGGGUGAGGGCGGUAGCUUUGGACGCGUUGAUAGAGAUUACGCCUCGAGACCGCCCGCAGAGGAGCCAUUCCGUGGUCCUCCAUAUCGAGACUGGUCUGAUAGGUCUGGCCGUCUCCGCCCUCCAGACCCCCGUGACAUCUCGUCUGGCCCACGAACCGGACCCCAGACGCAUCCUGAUCGGGCAGAUCUCAUCCACGAUAUUUCAGACCGGCUUAACGAACCUCACCGCCGUGAACCGCCAAUGCGUCCCGAGAGAGAUGAGCGCAGGCCCGUACCCCCUAGACCCGUAUCUCCUCCGAGAUUGGAACUUCCGAACCGCCCAGAACGGUUCCCUGAUAACCGCAGAUCUGCUGGUCAGACUCAGCCACCUCCUCGUGCCGAAGAAUUACCCACAGGACCACGAAGUGGCCGAUUGCCGCGACCUUCGAUCGAUGGCCCUGACGCACGUGACUCGAAACCUGGUCCUGACCUUCCUAUCGGACGGUCUCGACAACCCGACCUGAUGGCAGACGUCCCCUCUGGACCCAGAAGUAGGAAUGCCUCUGGCCGUAAUCCUCGCAAUGCACCUCCCCCGCCUCCUCCGGCAGGCCCUGCUAGUAGUAGCUCGACGAUACCCGAUCGUCCGCUGCCAACGGGCCCCGGACGACAAGGAAUGCGAAUUGAACAACCCCCUGCAAGCACUGCGUCUUCUAGUGCCGAUAAGCUUGAUACUAGCGGUAUCCACCCCGACCGUCUCAAAGCCUUGCAGCAGUCAGACAACCCAAGCUCGCGCUCAGGACCACCGCCAAUUGUCCCUCCAUCGGGCCCUCGCGGUGGUGCAGGACCACCUUCGAGGCCUUCGCCCGUCAGCCGGGGCCCGCCUGGUGGAGAGUUUCCCGGGGAGCGUGGACGCACUGAUAAACGGUUCGCUGGAAUCAACACUACGCUUCAGCAGUCAGGCGGUCCUGGCCCAGCCAUUCGAGGCCGGGGCGCGCCUAGACAGUCAGGCGGCACUCGACCCCCAUCGCCGCAGUCAGCUAGACCUCAAUCAUCCGGGGCUCCUGAAGAUGGACCCCGCUCAGGUGUGUCGACGCCAAACAGACCUGACCUGUCUAGUGGCAGAACCUCCGGACACCCUGAAGAAGAGGGGCAUGCUCGAAGCCGUUUGAGCACCAGUGGGCGUAACGAACAGAUCGAGGAGACUGGCUCUGAUGGGCGGCGCUCUCAGCGCUACUCAACCGGAGGUAGCUUUCCGCAAGACAGGGAUCGAGAGCACGAUAGAGAACGCGGACGCGAGCGGCGUGAAGGGGAGGGUGAUGCGGCGCGGGCCAGUAGCAGACGAGAGGACGGGCGGGAUCGCAACCGUGAGCGAAGCCGUAGAAGCGAUGCACCAGCCGGGCCACCACGCGAAGAACGCUACGAGUCUCGCGAAGCUUCACGACGUGGGGUCGGCACUCGCGAGGAUAAUCGACGCCGUCGUGACCGAGAGGACGGACCAGACCCAGCUCAAGAGCACGAAGGACGCCUGCGCCCCCCCUCAUCACACGGUGGACAAGCGCCUCCACCCCCUCCGCCGCCACCUCCCCCGGGAGGCCCAGAUGAUGACCGACGCUUCGGCAGCAGUGGACGCGAACCACGAGAUCGUCUCCGCGAUCGAAACCGCGAUCGACCUCGCGAGCGCAACUACACCCGCGAAGGCGGCCCCGGUAGCGGCAGUGGUCCUCACCGCAAGCGCGGACGACCUGGAGAUGAAGGUGGGCAGAGCGAUGGUGGUAGCCGCGGAGGACGAGGCAUGGGCAACAACGAAAACAAGCGUGCUCGGCGAGGAGCCUGA